AUGGCGCAGUUGGAUACAUUAGACAUCAUCGUGCUCGUCGUGCUGCUGCUCGGCACCGUCGCCUACUUCACCAAAGGCACCUACUGGGCCGUGCAAAAAGAUCCUUACGCCUCAUCCUUUGCCAAUGGAUCCGCGAAGACGGGCAAGAGCAGGAACAUCAUCGAGAAGAUGGAGGAGUCGGGCAAGAACUGCGUCGUCUUCUACGGCUCCCAGACUGGUACCGCGGAGGACUACGCCUCCCGCUUGGCCAAGGAGGGCUCUUCGCGCUUCGGACUCAAGACCAUGACGGCGGAUUUGGAGGACUACGACUAUGACAACCUCGACAAGUUCUCCAAUGACCGCUUGGCCAUCUUCGUGCUCGCAACGUACGGCGAGGGUGAGCCCACGGACAACGCCGUGGAGUUCUACGAGUUCAUCAACGGCGACGAUGUCUCCUUCAACGACAAAGGAGGCGCCGACAGCUCUCCCCUUGCUGAUCUGCAAUACGUGGCAUUCGGCCUGGGCAACAACACGUACGAGCACUACAACUUGAUGGUCCGAAACACCACCAAAUCUCUCGACCGCCUGGGCGCAAAGCGAAUUGGCGAUGCAGGAGAAGGAGACGAUGGUGCCGGCACAAUGGAAGAAGACUAUUUAGCCUGGAAGGAGCCAAUGUGGGCUGCAGUCGCCGACGCCAUGAAUCUCGAGGAGCGCGAAGCCGUUUACGAGCCCUCAUACGAAGUCACGGAAAAGGAGGACAUGAGCGCAGAGGAAGACCACGUCUACCUCGGCGAGCCGAACAAGAACCACCUCGAGGGCACCAUGAAGGGGCCCUUCAACGCCAACAACCCAUUCAUUGCUCCCAUUGCCGAAUCUCGUGAAAUAUUCUCCGACAAGCAGCGCAAUUGCUUGCACAUGGAAAUCGACAUCGAAGGCUCGAAGCUCUCGUACAACACCGGUGACCACAUUGCCAUCUGGCCCAACAACUCCGGGCAAGAGGUCGACAGAUUCCUGGGUGUUCUCGGUCUCAAGGACAAACGGCACACGGUCAUUGCCGUCAAAGGCCUCGAUGCUACUUCAAAGGUUCCGUUCCCAUCCCCUACCACCUACGAUGCCGUCGUGCGGUACCACAUGGAAAUUUGCGCUCCGGUCUCGCGACAGUUCGUUGCAUCACUCGCUCAAUUCUCCCCCAACGACGAGGUCAAGAAUGAAAUGACCAAAAUCGGCAAUGAAAAGGAGGUCUUCUCUGAGAAAGUGUCGAGCCACAACUACAACAUUGCCCAAUUCCUCGAGACAUUCAAGAUCACGUGGGACAAAAUCCCCUUUGCCAUCUUCAUCGAAGCUUUGAACAAAAUCCAGCCGCGCUACUACUCCAUCUCCUCCUCCUCGUUGGCCCAGAAGCAAAAGAUCGCCAUCACGGCGGUGGUGGUGUCGGACCAGGUGGAUGGCGCCCAGCACGUUGUCAAGGGCGUGACCACCAACUACCUCCUCGCGCUCAAGAACAAGCAACAUGGCGAGGCAGGCGAUGCGCAUGGACUCGACUACGCAAUUACCGGCCCCCGAAACAAAUACGACGGCGUUCACGUGCCCGUGCAUGUGCGACACUCUAACUUCAAACUGCCCUCUGACCCCACCAAGCCCAUUAUCAUGGUUGGCCCCGGUACUGGCGUUGCUCCUUUCCGCGGCUUCAUCCAGGAGCGAGCCCAACUUGCGAGGAACGGCGACACGGUCGGCAAGAUGGUCCUCUUUUACGGCUGUCGGAAGGAGAAGGAGGACUACAUCUAUCGCGAGGAGUUCGAGCAAUGGCAGAAAGACAUGAACGGCCAGCUGGAGAUCAUCACCGCCUUCUCGCGCGAUCAAAAGGAGAAGGUGUACGUGCAGCAUCGCCUCAAGGAGCAUGGCAAAAUGGUCAACAAGCUGCUAGAGGAGAAGGCGUACUUUUACGUCUGCGGCGACGCGGCCAACAUGGCGCGAGAGGUCAACCAGGUUCUCGGACAGCUGAUUGCGGACGAGCGCGGCGUGGACAAGUCGAAGGGCGAAGAGGUGGUGAAGGGCAUGAGAGGCGCGAACCAGUAUCAGGAGGACGUGUGGUCAUGA